CGUAGGACGGUUAACGUAUAAAACCGAUUGCGAAGUUUAGCUCUUCGGUUUUGUUCAGCUGCUCAAAAUGACACUAUUAAAGUGUCAGCAUUGUGUUAGAGAGGAUAAAGCAGCAGAGGACACAGAUCAUGUGGAGAAAAUCUUGCCACCCGGCUACAGUCAUCUACUUUGUCAUUAUGAACUGCUGGAAAUGUCGGGGGAUAUUGAAAACUUCAGAGCAGCUCUUAAAUUGCAGAUGACUACUGAGGAGCAGGUCCAGAAGUGGUUGGAGGACUUCCAGAAGUCCUCAGCUUUAACAUGGAGGAAAUCCAGGACAUACCCUGACUCUGGACGCUACAACAAAUACAGAGUGGAUCUGAGAUGCCAGCACAAAACAUACAGUUCAUCAUCCAAAACGACCAAAAAUACCAACUGCCCUGCCACCAUGUUUCUGAUUCUCAAGAGAUUUAUGUAUGAAAGAAAGUCCAGAUCAGGAGACCCACACCUUGAAGAGGGCUAUUUCCUUCAUGUGAACUUGAGGAAUGAACAUAAUCAUAGACUGAACACAGCUGAGGCCAUGAGGUGGAGAGAUGUGUCGAAUGACACCAUUGAAAAGUUACAACAGCUCUACAAAAGCGGUCACUCUCCUUCAUCUGCACUCAAGAAUAUUAAAUACAGCCUGCAGGAAGAGGAAGGCGAUAACUACAUUUAUGCUACUGCGGACCGAUCCAUCUGCCCAGACCUUCAGUUCUGCUACAGGUCAGUCAAACUAGUUCAAAACACGUGUUUCAAACUCGUGUGUGGAUCUGAGAUGCCAGCACAAAACACAAGUUCAUCAUCCAAAACGACCAAAAAUACCAACUGCCCUGCCACCAUGUUUCUGAUUCUCAAGAGAUUUAUGUAUGAAAGAAAGUCCAGAUCAGGAGACCCACACCUUGAAGAGGGCUAUUUCCUUCAUGUGAACUUGAGGAAUGAACAUAAUCAUAGACUGAACACAGCUGAGGCCAUGAGGUGGAGAGAUGUGUCGAAUGACACCAUUGAAAAGUUACAACAGCUCUACAAAAGCGGUCACUCUCCUUCAUCUGCACUCAAGAAUAUUAAAUACAGCCUGCAGGAAGAGGAAGGCGAUAACUACAUUUACGCUACUGCGGAUCGAUCCAUCUGCCCAGACCUUCAGUUCUGCUACAGAUGCCGAAAACUGUUGUUUAAUUCCAGUUUUUUUUUUCUUGUGCAAUAUAUGGGUGUCUGUUCAGGGAAGGACAUUUCAGACGAGCUUUUUAAACCCUUAGAGUUGGAACAAUCAUGGGAGACAACAGCAGAUACAGAAGGACACACCGCAUGCAUUGAAGAUGGAGUGUCUGUUGAUGCUGUGCCAAUCAUCACUACAGCAGAGCAUUUCACAGAAGACAAUGAGCCAGGCCCAAGUGCAGCUGAAGAGGUCGUUGGGUCUUUAGAUGGACAGCUUGAGGAGAUUUUUGGGAUGCUGAAAAAGAAGCUGAAUGAGGAUGCAAGUUUUACACCGCCUGUAAGAGCUUUUGUGUCCAGUUUCUUUCAAAUAAAGACUGACAGUGCUCUUCAGGCAUCACUCUUUUCCUUUGGUAAGACCACUCCGAUAAUCAAUCAGAUCAAUGUACUACCAGCUACAGGUCCACGGAGGAGAGGGGCUUUGGCUGGACGAAGAGCUGUUGGCAGACCUCCAAAGAACUCAAGAAGAGAGCACCCAUACUGCAACAGCAGAUCCAACAACAAUCCCCAAACUCUCACAUUCUGUUUGCAAGACAAUAACACCCUUGAGAAGACAGACUAACCUCCUGUCCCCAACACACCACCGCCACCAGCAUGUGGUGGGUUAAGAGAUCCAAACACUAUAUAGAAGCUAUUAAAUCAAUAAGCCUUGAGAAGCUUGGCAUGAACAUCAUGAAACCUGAGCAUUACAAGAAAUCAGUGUUUACACCAUUUAUUUUAUAUUUCUGGUAUUGAUGUGCACAAUUCAACAAUGCACAUUAUUCUAAAAGAGAAAACAUUGUAAUUUUGAUAAUAAUGUAAUAAACUGGCUCCAUUCAGGUAUGAAACACCCACUUUUCACCAUGCAGUCAAUUGACUGAAUAAAAAUCAAGUUCCACCCUUCAUUUUUUCCCUAUUCAUUGAAUGUUCUGUUUCAGUUUGUAUUGUCAUAUUAUGACUUUAUAUAAUAAUUGCACCUAUGCUGGCCACCAUAUAUUUCAAGGUGUCCAGACACCUGUAACUUACCUUUUAACAACCCUAUACAAACAGAAAAUGUGUUUCUGAUGUCUUCAUUGU